UUUUUCGCUCGAGAUAACUGACUACCGCGUACGCUCGGAAUACGGUUUUGUGUUGUGCCUCCAUCGAAAAGCUAUCCACCGUCGUAGCUUGAACCCGCUUUAGCUUUCGGAUUGUGUGCCGUGAGUCCCUAGCCUGAGGUGAAGAUGAGGCUGUUUGUGAUCGUGGCCGUCUCGGCCGUUGUUGCUAUCGCCGAUGGUCAGUAUCGUCGCAUCAAAUACCGCGAGGAUAACUACUAUGAGCGUCUCUACAAACGUCGCAUGGCUGAAGAAGAGAUGCAGAAGUUUUCGCAAACCGCCUUCCAGAGACGAUUGGGGACGGCCUACACUUCGAAGUUCCCGAUAAUCCCCCCAAGACUUCGACUGGUAGACAAACAUCAUGACGAUAAAAGAGCUGAGAAAGACGACAUCGAUCCAUCAUCAACAAACCUCAGCCCAGCCUCCGUCCUCUGGGAGCUUCCCCGCAAGCACUUCAGCAGAAUUCAUGACUCGGGAACGACUGUGGCUCCCCCUGAGAAACUCAUGCGCCCCCGACCCACACGACCCCAAGCUUACUCGCUGGAUGGAUUUGUCCCCAAACCCUCGAACAUAGAGAUCAGCAUCCAGCCGCCUCUUGGAUUGGUCACGACUCCGAAGAAGAGUUUCUCAUACCACCCGAAAUCGGUUUGGGGCGAAGCAUUCCUGCAAAAAAGCGGUAAGAAGCCUAAAGGCAAGAAGGAGAAAGAGAAGUAUAAGAAGGAACUCCUGGAAAAGAAGUUCAAAACUGGCUCAGCCUCGAAUCGCCGCAGAUCAUCUAAGAAAGGCAUCCCCGGCGUCGACUACCCCGUAUACGUGCAGAUACCAGAAACCAGUUUCACCUGCGAGAAUAAAAAUAUCGCUGGAACGUACGCUGAUAAGGAAGCCGGAUGUCAGGUCUGGCACAUUUGCACGGGUGUGACGAAGGUCGCCAAGGCACGCCACAGUUUCUUGUGCGCUGCCGGAACGAUCUUCAGCCAGAAGAAAGGUGUCUGCGAUUGGUGGUACAAUGUCCAGUGCUGAUCGGAGCGACCAAAAGCAACCCUGCCGUAAACUCAUCCAACUCUCCAACUUCACCUGUUCACAUCUGCCAUCGCCGAGCCAUCAGACGAUUAUUAUGUAUAUGAAUCUAUAUCACGCUCCGUUAACUUAUAUAGUAUCUCUAUCGGCGAGCCGGAACCCGGUACUCGUGGUCUCAGAGCCCGCUCUGUUGUCAGCCGAGGAUCUCGGCGCCCAGAGCUGUCGACAGUUUCCUCCCGUGACGGAAUCAAUCCGAAAAACGCUAAUUGGGACUCGAGACGAAUUCGGAAUUGUGCAUUAGAUUUCUACAGAAGGAAGAAUC